AUGGUCGAUGCUGACUUUGUAAUAGCAACAUUCGAUGGACCAAAUAAUAAUGUCACUGUCACAGACAUGGUGUCCAAGCCAGGCGGCGGCCCACCCCCCACACCCGACACCAGCAUCCUGGUCAACGGAACCGACGACAUCCUGUCCUACUCUGGCUACCAAACCUCUGACUACUCCUUCUUUAUCUUUACCCGCAAGUUGGUCACUGGCGACUUGGCCGGAGAUCGUGAUAUUGUCGUUGGAUCUGCUGGCCUCGACCUGAUCUGGGCACAUGGCACAGACAACCAGUUUGGCUUCCAUGGCCAGGGCAACGCUGGCCGUGUCACCGUCCAGUUGUCCGGCGGCAGCGGCUCGACAUCCUCGCCACAAUGGUACGGAUACCAUGUCGGCUUCAUGUUCUUCACAUUUGGCGUGUUGAUGCCUUUUGGCAUCUUCAUCGCGCGCUUCCUAAAGAAGUCCCACAUGUGGUGGUUCCCCUUGCACAUCCUGGUGCAGUGCACUGGCCUAGUGUUCUCCAUCAUCGGCAUUGCCAUGGCGCUCAAGAUGGUCGGUGGCGUGAGCAUGGCCACCAACCACGCCAAGCUGGGCGUUACCACGCUGGUCCUGUUCUUUGUGUCCAUCAUCCUGGGUUCGACGUCGCACUUUAUGUGGAAGCCAACGCGCACUUCCACGCCCAUCUUCCCAGACAUCAUCCAUUGGAUUGGCGGUCGCCUGACCCUAGUAUUUGGAUUCGUUACCAUCAUCCUGGGCAUGGUCCUUGUCCAAGCGCCACAAGGUAUAAUAGUAGUAUUCGGCCUUACCUUUGCAUUCUACAUCAUUAUCUUCCUGUUUAUCGAAUGGUACCAAUGGUACUAUGCCGAUCAUAGUCCACAAUACGAGACACUCAACUAA